UGGCGGCGGCAGUGGAGAGGACUGCCGCGACGUGGACGAUCGCGCGGUGGUGGUACCUGGCGAACGGUGGCCUGCCUGCCUGCUUGCCUGCCUGCCUGCCUGCCUGCCUGCUUGCUCGCUGUCUGGAGAACGGCUAUGUCAGUCUGUGCUCCGUUGCUGGCCUAGCGGCCGGACGAGUGAUUCCGACCAAUCAACCGGAGCGGAGAGUAGAUAUAUAUUUUACUUUUUCUUUCUUUCUCUCUUUCUAUUCACCUUCCUGUCCUCCCUCCUCUUUUUCUUCCCGCCCUCUUCGUUUUAUGCCCCAGGCCCAUCUGCCCGCGCCUCCCUGGUACCGUCGUGCUCGCGUCCCGAUGUUCGGACUGGGGAACAGGAAGGUCCUCAAAUACUCCGCCAUCGAGACGUCGCUCUCCAUCGAUGUUGAGGAUACUGUCACGUGUUUCUGCAGAAAGGCCAGACGAAAGGAGAAGGAUGCGGGAACUACGGAGGAUCCGAAAUUGUACCUGGAGGAGGCCGCCCUCGAGAGACAGCUGCCGGAGCUGGACCUGAGGAUGCUCGUGGACCUACCGCCCGGCCUCGACUACAACGAAUGGUUGGCGUCGCACACCCUCGCAUUGUUCGACCACAUUAAUCUCGUCUACGGCACGAUAUCAGAGUUUUGCACCAUGACGGGCUGUCCCGACAUGACCGGUCCCGGCUUAAGAACGUAUCUAUGGUUUGACGAAAAGGGAAAGAAAACGAGGGUUGCGGCGCCACAAUAUAUAGACUACGUUAUGACAUUUACGCAACGCACCGUUAGUGACGAAACUAUAUUCCCUACAAAAUAUGCAAACGAGUUCCCGAGCUCGUUCGAGUCGAUAGUGCGUAAGAUCCUGCGGCUACUGUACCACGUAGUGGCACACAUCUACCACUGCCACUUCAGGGAGGUGGCGCUUUUGGGGUUGCACGCUCACCUCAAUUGUGUAUUCGCCCACCUCACGCUCCUUAAUCAACGCUUCAACCUUAUAGACCCCAAGGAGACGGAGAUCCUGGGGGACUUGGAAGCCGCCCUCUUGGGUGACUCGACAUCCGCGCCUUCGCAGACCUUAGCCAUCCAGGAGACUCCGACCACCACAAACACUAGCAGUACCACCUAGAUCGCUGCGAUGCGUUAUAGCGAGCGAGCAGAGGUUGCAGUUCCUGAGACUAGGUGACGAUAGGCGAUACGUUCGUUCAUUCGGUUUCUUUUUGUCUCCUUUUUUUUUCUUUUUGUAGAUUAUAUGCGAAAAAAUAAAGUUCAUCGCGAUACGAUCGGCCGGUAAGAAAGAAGAUGUAUGAGAGCGCGAGAGAAAGAGAGUGAGAGAAUGCGAGAGAGAAUGAGAAAAAACAGCGAUUCUGUAAAAAAAAACAAGAAAAAAAAUAUACCAGUAGUACCUGUACAUAGCAAAGUGUGAACAACUACAUGAUGUAAUUAGGUUCCUCCGUUUGUUGUUUGUGAGAUUGUACAUAAUUUAUUAAAUGGUAAGAUACACGAGAAAGGGAAAGAGAGAGAGAGAGAGAGAGAGAGAGAGAGAGAGAAAGAAAGAAAGAUGAGAGCGAACGAGAGAGAGAGAGAGAGAGAAUGCGCGAGAGUGACAAAGAACGAAUAUUGAUUAUUAUUGACAAAGCUAGUUGCUAUAAGAGAUAAUUUGUUCUGUAAAAAAAUGAUACAAUAAUAAUAUUGUAAAGUUAAAAUAAUACCAAAUAUAUACCUGGUGUUAAGGCA